AGGGGUCACAAUUCGUAAUACCAUAAAAAAAACAAACUACGCUACGGAAAUUAAACUCUAAACAAGUGUCAAUAAUUUCGGGUAUCAAAAAAGCCUAGUUUGUAAAUUUCACAAAUUUAUAAGUUUGCCAUCAAUUGCAUUUGGCGCAGAACGCACUACCAAAUUUAUAAUUAGGGUUAAAUAAAGCAACAGCUUUGAAAUGGCACGCGGUCAUCAGAAAAUACAAUCGCAAGCCAAAGCCGCUGAGAAGCAAGCAAAGAUGAAGAAACAGCAGGGUCAUAGCGCCAACGAUCAAAAGAAGGCGGCCCAAAAAGCACUGGUUCAUGUUUGCGUGCUGUGCAAAUCACAAAUGCCGGAUCCCAAGACUUACAAGCAGCAUUUUGAGAACAAGCAUCCCAAAAACGACAUGCCCGAGGAGCUAAAAGACUUGUAAGGUACGGGUGCGGGUCAAUGAUAAGAAUAAAAGCUAUGAAAUGUCAUCAACUAAACGACGAGUUGCCUACCAGUACGAAAAAAUUGCAACAAUACAAAUUCAAACAAUCAAUAUUUUGAAAUAAAAUGCAAGCUCGGGCGCCAGCCAAUCUUUAAAAACUA